AUAUUUCCAUUUAAUACGUAAGAACUAAGAACUAACCUCGAGGCUCACAAUCACAUAAAACAAAGUAGCCAUAGCCAGGUUCUUCAUAUCUAGAUAAAAUCCAAGUGAGCCAAACAAAAAAGGAAAAAAAAAAACUCUUAACCCCAAAAAUCAAUUACAAUCAAGUCAGUAUGGAUUUACUCUUGUGCUUAUUGCUAUCAUUGACAAUAUUCUUGCACCAACCUUGGGCGGCUUUAGAAGCUGAUUUGAGAUCAGAUAUGGGGUCGUUGACUCGUGAGUUGCUGGAAUCAGCAAAGGAGAGAGAGUUCUUCGAGUGGAUGAGAGGUGUUAGGAGGAGAAUCCAUGAGUACCCAGAAAUAGGAUUUGAAGAGCACAAGACGAGUGAGCUCAUAAGGGCCGAGUUGGACUUGCUUGGGAUUGAGUACAAGUGGCCUGUGGCCAAGACUGGUGUGGUGGCUACUAUUGGGUCCGGUGAGAAACCCUUCUUUGGUCUUAGAGCUGACAUGGAUGCCCUUCCUUUGCAGGAAUUGGUGGAGUGGGAGCAUAAGAGCAAGAUUGAUGGCAAGAUGCAUGCCUGUGGUCAUGAUUCUCAUGUAGCAAUGCUACUUGGAGCAGCCAAAUUACUCCAUGGAAAAAGAGACCAAUUGAAGGGAACCGUGAAGCUUGUUUUCCAGCCCGGAGAAGAGGGCUAUGCUGGUGCUUACCACAUGUUGCAAGAUGGUGCUCUUGACGAUAUCAAUUCCAUCUUUGCUUUGCAUGUUCUGCCAUUAAUACCCUCUGGAGUUAUUGCUUCAAGGCCUGGUCCAGUGCUUGCUGGUGCAGGGCUCUUUUCCGCUACCAUUGAAGGAAAAGGUGGACAUGCAGCAGCCCCACAUAUGACUAAGGAUCCAAUUCUUGCAGCGGUCUUUGCAAUCCUUGCUCUCCAACAAAUUGUGUCUAGAGAGACAAAUCCCCUUGAAGCCAAUGUGGUGACAGUUGGAUUAAUUGAGGGAGGCCAAGCAGGAAAUGUAAUUCCAGAGUCGGUGAAAUUUGGUGGAACUUACAGGAGCUUGACCUCUGAAGGUCUCUCCUACGUCAAGCAAAGGAUCAAAGAGGUCAUAGAAGCACAAGCAGCUGUGCAUCGAUGUAGAGCUGUAUUGGACUUCAAGGAAGACACACCACUGCCUUAUCCUGUAAUGGUUAAUGAUGAGGCAUUGUAUGAACAUGCAAAGAAAGUUGGAGAAUCUCUAGUUGGGCAAUCCAAUGUUCAGCUUCUACCGGUGUCUACGGGAGCAGAGGAUUUCAGCUUCUUCUCACAGAAGAGUGCUGCAGCAAUGUUUGUGCUUGGGAUUAUGAAUGAUACUGUGAAAUCCGACCAGCCAUUGCACUCUCCUUAUUUUGUUAUUGAUGAAGAGGCUUUUCCAAUAGGAGCAGCUCUUCAUGCUGCUGUUGCAAUCACAUUCUUUGAUAGCCAUGUUGUUGGCACUUAUUAACUUGACAAUAAGGAACUUGGGAUUUGUUUUGGAUUCAGCUGUAGAUAAUGACAAAGAAAAACAAGAAGAUGAUGUCAAGAACAUCAGAAGCGUGAUUCGCAUCAAACAAUGAAAAUCAUAAAAUUAAAUUGCGUGAA